AUUUGAACACUUACUUCAUAAGCUCUGAAAGAAGAUUAUUAUGGAUAUUUGCACAACGCUGAUAAUUUUAUUUGGUAUCGCGUCGUCUGCUACGGGCCUGCGUUGUUAUCAAUGCACCAGUGAUCAGUCGGGCAGUGGACCAUGCGUUGAUACUCCAAAUACCCGCAAUAUGCAGGUCGUCGAGGAUUGUAAGGGUUCAUGUUAUGUUUCAUACAGUCAGUCUAGCUCUGGCAGUGGUGUUGUGACGUCACGCGGUUGCUACAGCAGAAAGUGGUUCUGCCUGGAGACUUGCCUCGGUCUCUUUGCAGACAUCAACAACUGUCAACAUUGCUGCAGCUGCAACAACUGCAACGACAUAACGGCAUCAACUUUAGGAACGUUUGGCGAUGACUUCGACUGUAGUGCGACCACUCCCGAGUCGACAACGACGGUGGCGCUUUUUCAACCAAGUACGACGACGGUGACGACACCCGCCAACGAACAGGGUGAACCCCUACCACGCAGUCAAGCGUGGAGAAUGAACAUGUCAUGGCAAAUAUUGCUUAUAUUCGCUCUCACUACGUCUAUGGUUAUACUUUGACAUGGGUAGCGAAAUUUAUCCUAAUUAUAUGUAUUAUAAUUACUACUGGUCACAGACUUAACUCAAUGAUCAUCACUUGAACUAGCGUGUGACAGAUUUCCGACCUAUUAACGAGCGAGCAACAAAAAAAAGAGAGCAAAAGACUACAUAAGAGCGCUCUUUUCAGGUAACAAUUAAUGGCGAGGUUUUAGUUUCUAAUAUUGAUUGGCGGUAAAAGGAGUAUUAAUACUAAAAUAAUAGAGUGCUCAUUAUUAAGGUUGAUGUGGUUCUAUUUUUAAAGGCGUAUAAAUAAGACAAAUGUAUUUGGAUUGUAUAUAAACUGUGCAUUUAUGG